CUGAUAGAAAUGCAUGGAGUACCAUCAGGUCUCGUAUUUAUCAUUUACUAUCCGAUCAUUGCAUCUGUCGGGAUUCCAGCUAACCUGGUUGUGAUUCUGACGCUGUGUCACAGACGAUGUGGUCUUUCUGGAUGUAUUAUUUAUUACGUGGUGUCCAUGGCAACGGCAGAUCUAUUCGUAAUGAUCACGGCUGUACUAUUGAACCGGAUAGCUGGAAUUUAUUUUCCAACUAGUUUUCUGUCAAUUACACCAGUGUGCAGUCUUCGCAAUGCCUUUAAUUUUGCAGCCAUUGAUAGUUCUGCUUGGUUAACUGUAGCGUUUACCUUUGAUAGAUUUGUGGCCAUUUGUUGCCAGAAACUGAAAAUUAAAUAUUGCACUCAGAAGACAGCAGCUUGGGUUGUAGGAACUGUGUCCACACUGGCCUUCUUUAAAAAUAUCGCCAGAUAUUUUGUUUAUGAACCAACAGUUGUUAUUAAUGACAUGCCUUGGUACUGUGGUAUUAAGGUAAUAUUUUAUACAUCACCUGUGUGGGUCGGAUAUGAUUUGAUUAGUUCCAUUUUAACCCCAUGUAUCCCAUUCAUUCUAAUUUUACUACUGAAUGCUCUGACCGUGAGACAUAUUGUAGCAGCCAAUGGAACCCGCAGGAGACUCUGGGCCCAGAACAGUGGAGAGAAUCAAAGUGACCCAGAGUUGGUGAAGCGACGAAAGUCCAUUAUUUUGCUUUUUGCCAUCUCUGGAAGUUUCAUACUGUUAUAUGCAUUAUUUUUUAUAACAAUACUCUAUGUCAGAAUUACAAACGCUACUUAUACUUCAGGGUCCAAUUCCAGUGUUUCCACGUAUAUUCUCAAUGAAGUAGCAUUUAUGCUUCAGUUUUUGAGUUCUUGCACCAAUCCGUUUAUUUAUGCUGGGACCCAGAGUAAAUUUAGAGUCGAGUUGAAGAAUGGGAUGAAAUAUCCACUCAACUUGUUUGUUCAUUUUUUUGCCUCUCGAAAGUAGGAAAAUCCAUCAUGAACUAGCAACCAUUGCAUUUACUUAUCCUUGUCAUGCCAGGUGGAAAUUACAGUCAGAUAUCUGAAGGGCAAGUUCACAACUUAUCUCGACUAAUUUGUUUGCAAUUGGUUUUCAAUCACUCGUAGCUGACCUAUUAACUGAUACUGUUGAUAGGCUCAACAUAUAUAUAGAAGGGAAUCAUAUUUUCAAAUAUGACAGGGUGUAGUUCUAGGUCUUUUCAAAUAUUAACCACAUCAGCUGUUCUAGUUUUGUUUAGGCCAGUACUUCAGCAAAAUCCCCAUCACUUGCUGCUCCUUCAUUCUUACCCAGCCCUUCAGGACCAUAUCUCCCUGGCUGACCGCCUUCAUAGAGUUUGGACCCUGACGAGCUCUGCCUAAGAUACGUUUGAACUGUCUGCUCUCAUGGAUCGAAGUGAUGGCUUGAUGGACAACGAUGCGUACGUUAUGUCAUUUGAUUCUGUUUCGUUCCUACAAAAGCAAUGUUGGAAGAAUUACAUGGCCAUUCAUGUAAUUUUACACAGAUACAAUAUAAUAACUAACAAUUAGCAGAAGCUCGGCUUUGAUGACGAUUUGAAUAUUUUAAUUGACUUAAAACAAAAUAACAUUUUAAACAAAACA